GGAGUGAGGCUGCUGUCGCGCGCAUCGCCGGUGGAGGGUUACUAGGCUGCAGUUCUGAGCAGGAUUAGAAACACUCGCAGUAACCCGGCAUUUUAUGCGGGCUUCUAUAAACAGCCGGCGGCGCAUGACAGCGAUUUAAAAGCAGGACUGAAGAGUCCUAUUUGAAGUGCCCCUUCUGUAAGAAGCUGCCAGCAGGGGGCGCCUACCCCUGACACCACACCCCACAAAAGGAAUAAAGGACUUGGGUUUUUUUCCGUCUCAGCUAAGGGUAACAGAGACGAGAAUGAAGCUGAAGGAGGACAUUAACCCCCUGCUGCUGCAGGUCUUCCGCUCUGUCGUGUGGGUCUACUCCGUCAUCACCUUCUUGCCCUGGUACCUGCUGUCAGGCACAGGAGCUAAGCAGGAGCGCGCCCGGCGCAUCCGGGCACUGCCUGUGAGCGGGCAUCCGGGCGGUCCGUACCGUGCGCCAGGCAGCCUGCAGCACCUGGUCACUGGACUGCACCCCGGCCGCGACACACUGGACACAGUGUUCGAGCACGCCAUGCAGCGCUUCCCCAACCGAGACCUCCUAGGCACCCGGGACGUCCUCAGCGAGGAGGACGAGCUACAGCCUAACGGCAAGGUCUUCAAGAAGGUGAUCCUGGGUGACUACAUAUGGCUGUCCUUUACAGAGGUUUUUGAGGCCGCAGCCCAAUUCGGCAGAGGCCUGACGGCACUUGGCCAGAAGCCCCAGAAAAACAUUGCCAUCUUCUGCGAAACACGGGCAGAAUGGUUCAUUGCCGCACAAGCCUGCUUCAUGCACAACUUCCCUUUGGUCACCUUGUAUUCCACCCUGGGGGGUCCAGCCAUCGCUCAUGGGCUCAACGAGACGGAGGUCACCCACAUUAUCACCAGCAGAGAUCUGCUUCAAGCUCGACUCACGGCCAUCCUGCCAGACGUUCCCAGACUCGAGCAGAUCAUUGUCGUGGACAGCAAGCCCAGCGCCUGGCCCCGCCUUCCAGAGGGUGUACGCGUUCACAGCAUGGCGUCUGUGCAGGAGCUGGGAGCCAGACCCGAGAACAGGGUCAAAGUGCCCAGCCGGCCAGGGCCCUCAGACAUCGCCGUCAUCAUGUACACCAGCGGAUCCACAGGCAUCCCUAAAGGUGUGAUGAUCUCCCACAGCAACCUCAUCGCCGGCAUCACAGGCAUGAGCGAGCGGAUCCCCGAGCUCAGUGAGAAAGAUACCUAUAUCGGCUACCUGCCCCUGGCCCAUGUGCUGGAGCUGAGCGCCGAGCUGGUCUGCAUGUCGCACGGCUGUCGCGUUGGCUACUCCUCCCCGCAGACGCUUGCCGAUCAGUCGACGAAAAUCAAGAGAGGCAGUAAAGGCGACACGAGCGUUCUGCAGCCCACACUGAUGGUCGCCGUCCCGGAGAUCAUGGACCGCAUCUACAAGAACGUGAUGACCAAGGUGGAGGAGAUGAGUGGGAUUCAGCGCUCACUCUUCAUUCUGGCCUACAACUACAAGAUGGAGCAGAUCUCCAAGGGAUAUAGCACGCCUCUGUGCGAUAGGUUGGUCUUCAGGAAGGUGCGCUCCCUCUUGGGAGGGAAGGUCCGGAUUCUGCUCUCGGGUGGUGCCCCACUGUCCCCAGCCACCCAGCGCUUCAUGAACAUCUGCUUCUGCUGCCACGUGGGCCAGGGCUACGGGCUGACGGAGACCUGCGGCGCCGGCACCAUCAGCGACGUGUGGGACUACAGUACCGGACGAGUCGGUGCUCCACUGAUUUGCUCCGAAAUCACUCUGAAGGACUGGGAUGAGGCCGGGUACCACAGCACAAACAAGCCCAAUCCCAGAGGGGAGAUCCUGAUUGGCGGUCCCAAUGUAACAAUGGGCUAUUACAAGAGUGAUUCCAAGAACCAGGAGGACUUCUUUGUGGAUGAGAAUGGGCAGCGGUGGUUCUGCACCGGCGACAUUGGCGAGCUCCACCCUGAUGGCUGCCUGAAGAUCAUUGAUCGAAAGAAGGACUUGGUGAAGCUACAGGCUGGGGAGUAUGUUUCUCUGGGCAAGGUGGAGGCCGUGCUGAAGAACUGUCCCUUGAUAGACAACAUAUGUGCUUAUGCCAACAGUGACCAGACUUAUGUAAUUGGCUUUGUGGUGCCCAAUCAGAAGCAGUUGAUAUCCCUGGCAGAAGAGAAGGGCAUUGUGGGAUCCUGGGAGGAGAUUUGCAACAGCUCUGAGAUGGAGAAGGAGGUGCUGUGGGUGAUGAUGGAGGCCGCGGCUGUAGGCAAGCUGGAGAGGUUUGAGAUUCCCCAGAAGAUUCGUCUCAGCUCUGAGCCCUGGACUCCUGAGACAGGCCUAGUCACAGACGCCUUCAAGUUGAAGCGCAAGGAGCUGAAGACUCAUUACCAGGAAGACAUCGAGCGGAUGUAUGGUGGGAAGUAGAGGGGGGACACGUCUCCCUCCUCUCUCUCUCUCUCUCUCCGCUACGACCACAUCCCAUCAGAUGGGCCAAUACUUGAAUUUACUCUGUACAUGCAAGACCAAACAGCAGGACAUGGCAUCUUCAGUGGGACGGCAGCAGAGAUCCCCCGUAAGAGUUUGUGAGACUUGGCAGACUUGAAGAAGGGGCAUGUUCAUGAGAGGCGGUCUGGGGCAGCAUAACCUUUCAGCCCUCAUGGUGGAAACCAGAGUCCUCCACAGACGAUGAGAUGGGGUCAGAUCAGCAUCUCCAAUACCAAGCAGGAGACCUCAUUUAUAGAGACACACACACACACACACGUAUAAUAUUUCUUGUCUGAGGACCACAUUUGACUAAAUCAACAUGAGGUCUAUUUCUGCAGUUCUUCUCCUUGUUGUAUUUGGUGUUUUUCAUUUGAGAAUUGUUCUAUUCCUCUCCCAUCGGAUGUGUUUCUUGGAGUAAUCCUCACAGGCUGAGAGUGCAGCAUAGGUGACAGAAUGUUCUGUGCAUUUUUGUAAUGUGUCCCUGCAGCAGUGAUGAAUAGUCUUGCUCUUAUAUAGAUGAGUGGAUUUUAUCCUUCAUUGUGUAGUUAUGGACCUCUUCUCUCACAGUAUUUUGAGCAUGAGGCAUGAAACAGAGAGAUUGUUUGUUUUUUUUUAAACUAAGCAAAAGCCUUUUUCCAAGGACAGCAUCACUGUACAAACAAAGGCAAUGAGGGGUUGUUUUUUUGUUACUUUCAGCAAUGUGACCUCAGGUGCGAAAUAAUUUCAGGGCUCCUGUAUCAUGAAUUCAGGUUAUUUGUCUGAGUGCUCGUUCUUCCAUUGGGAGCCGGACCUCUGUUCAUGGACCGUCUGAGACCUACCAGACACAAGAGUCCUGGUCGGAUGACUGAGAGUCCUCAAAACCCCUUUUGCUCCUUUAUGAAUCGUCCCUUGAGGUAUACAAAAAGGGCCACAUAUAAGCAUCAAUGCGAAUGAUUUGUUUUUACCCAGCUAAGCUACCUAAAGGCUCUUUCUCUUGUGUCGAAUCCCCAUGUUGUACAAAAACAGUCCUUUGCUUUUCUAUGAGGUAGAGGAGGAGCUGUGAGUUCUUGUCCGUUUCUUAGAGACACCCAUAUUGUAGAAAAGGCUGCUCUGCAAUUAGGCUCCAUGUUUGAAUCACAUUAUUACUGUUGACCAUUAUAUUCGUAUAAUAUAUGUAUUCCAGUAGGAAAUACCAGAAUGUGCAAUAUUAACCCUGUUUUUUUUUGGGGGGGGUGGUGGGCUGGGGGAGGUGUUUGAAGGCAGUGUAGCUUUGCAUUAGCCACAGCACUGUCCCAAAAUGUGCAAAACGACUGUUGUGUGCAGGAUGAUCUCUGUGGAGUGUCUGUGGUCGUCCUUAUGACACUGUUGCAUGUGGUUGAAGAAUAGUUCAGGGCUGUAUACACAUUACAUUUAUAACGGCUGUUUUUGAGGGAAAUAUAAAAUGAGCCAAAUGAAACAGGCAUUUCAAGCUAGUAUUAUGCAUCUCCUCUACUGAACGUGCUAGGAAAAACAUUUGAACAUACUUUGAAUUGUUUUUUUUUUCCAACUUGUACUGUGUAUACAUUGGGAGCAGUGAUCAAACUCACUGACGAUGCCAGAUCUAUACUAUAUAUUUUAAAACUAUUUAACCUUUGCUAUAUUGACCGGUCUUGGGCGUUUCUUUCAUGUUGGGAUGGGGAAACUGCCUUGUAACAUAUGUUAUUGCAAGUGUAUCCAACUUUAUUUAUUUGUAAUUUGCCUUGAAAUGACCAAACGAAAGUAAAUAAAACUGUGGUUGAUCGGUU